AUAAAGGGCCCGAGACCGAGCACGGGUUACGCAUUACAAAAGUGGCUCGUCUCUUCCCUCACGCUGACCAACUGAUGAAUGUUUCUACAGCGUACUUCCUUCACCCUCCACCUCCGGCUGGGUUCCUGUUUCGCUCUUGCAACAGGCGAGUCAGAGCCAGCCCGGCAUCCACCUCACAAGGCUGUCUUGUCCUGUCUUGUCUUGUCUGUCUGCCGAGGCCAGCGUCCACAACUGCCACUGGUCAUUGCCCGGUCCUGAUACGUCAUUUUGACCUGCGAGGCAGCGAGAUUCGUCCUCUCUGCGAGUCCUUUGGCACCGUUGUUCUACUGGCUACUCCGGACUCCUGCGCGAUCCAGACUCCGGGGUUCUUUGUCGUGGAAGACGGCUGAGCACAUUCAUCCGAAUUCCAUUCCCUCGCUCAGCCCGCCCCAGGACCCUUACUAGCAGCCCCGGGGCGAUUACGAAAGUUUAUCUUUAAAGCCAGCAGCUCUACGUACAGUACUCUAGUUACAGUAGCGCCCCCGGAGCUCCAUUCCGCACCUCUGACUGUUACAUCGGGCUUCUUAAAACGACUCGCUGACAGUUGCACGGCUGCAACCGUGCUUUCGACAUUUCUCUGUAUCUGUACGAUCUGGGCAAUUGUGUCCCUCCCUGUUCACCACAACUUCGCUGCUGCAGGCCAGGGCGGACGGACCCAGACUCGUCAAAAAUCGCUCACCAACACUGCCCGUCAUGAGGUCGUGGUUCAAGGGCUCCGUUGCCGCCAACUCCUCAAGACUGAGCGUCUCAUCCAGCAAAAAUGCCAGCUCCACUCAGGUUGCAGAUCCCCGGGACGUCGAGGCAUCCGACCUGCAAGAUGCCAUGGAAGCGGCUGCCCGCAUCGUAAAUGACGACAUUGACGGCGCCGAGGCACAGCUCAAGGCGCGGAAGGACUCGUCCAGUUUCCACCAGCUCGGGCUCGGCAUCGCAGUCUUCAUGAGGUCCAUUCUCGGCUUCGAAAAGGAGAUCAUGGCCGAGGCUGGCAACCGCCUGGCUGAGUGCGAGACGCGGGCCUGGGCCGAUAUGAAGAAGGCACAGAAGCAAGCCGAGGGUGGCGGCGGCUGGUUCAGGGGUACCAGCACUCCCAAUGGCCAAGGGCCUCAAACAACAAGCAAGAUCUACCCGCCAGGAAGCGAGUACCAGCUCGUCAAUGCGGAGGCACAACUCAUGGGUGCCAUCAUAUCCGUCAUGCAUGAGAGUCUCACCGAGGGCAUCAAGGGCUUCUAUAAGCUACGCAAGGCCUUUAUUGCACUCGACACAAUUAUGGAGGCCGAAUCGAGGAUCUUCGCGGAGCGGAAGCUUAAUGGCGCCGCACGAGGACCGUCCAGCGACCCUGAUGCUUCGAAACAGAACUCGGCUGUUGAGGAGCAGAAGAACCUCGAGUCUGACAGCGACCUGGAAUUCGUAGACGCCCCGGAGGAUGUUGAGAAAUCGCAGGCACCUCCAGCAUAUGCCGGCCACCUGAAGAGAGUGAACAGCAAAUCUGCUCCAAGUUCCGUGCUCGAGAAGGAUAUGAGCGACUUGGCCUUGGAGAACGCCACAACGUCCUUGCCGACGUCGAGGCAAGGCUCACCGGACUCUCAGGAAAGAAACGGGUCACCGCAACGACGCCCAGUCCGGCAGACUCUCCUCGAUCAGGCCGGCCCAGACUCGUCCAUUUUCACAAACCCAGUCGACGUCUUUGUUCACAGUGGGGCAAACAUGUGUUUUGGUAUCCUGUUGCUGAUCAUUUCCAUGGUCCCUCCAGCCUUUUCGAAGCUUUUGUAUAUCAUCGGUUUCAAGGGUGACCGUGAGCGCGGUGUUCAGAUGCUGUGGCAAAGCACAAAAUUUGACAAUGUCAAUGGGGGAGUGGCCGGGUUGGUGCUAUUGGGGUAUUAUAAUGGCAUCCUCGCGUUUGCAGACAUCCUCCCUUGCGAGAAGGACGUCGAGGAACUCGCGGACGAGGGCGAGAUCAUUGGGUAUCCCAAGGAGCAGUGCUCCGCCCUCCUGCAAAGCAUGCGCUCCCAAUACCCGGAGUCCGGAAUAUGGAAAGUUGAGGAGGCUAGAAACCUUGCCAACGCUCAACGCGUCCCGGAGGCAGUGGCGAUGCUCAAGUCGAACGGUGACUCCAAGAUGCGCCAGGUCACAGCCCUCAGCAACUUUGAGCUGUCUACCAAUGCGCUUUUCAUGAUGGAUUGGGUGACGAUGCGCGACGGCUUUCUGAGGUGCAUCGAGCUCAACGACUGGAGCCACAGCCUCUACUACUUUUUUAUCGCGUCGGCGGAGCUCGAAAUGUACCGCGAUGCGACGCAAGCAGGAGAAACCACGGAGGCCAAGAAGCACAAGAAGGCUGCUGAGGAAUACUUCCGGAAGGUCCCCGCCUCGGCAGGCAGGAAGAAAUUCCUAGCCCGGCAGAUGCCCUUCGAGGUCUUUGCGCUCCGCAAGGUCCAGAAGUGGGAAGACCGCGCCAAGGAGUACGGUAUUGAUCUGGCCGACGCGGUCGGUAUCUCGCCCGCCGAGGAGAUGACCUAUCUCUGGUCUGGCUCCAAACGCAUGUCGGACGAGAUGUUUGGAAAGGCCCUGGCGUACCUGAGCUGGGACAGGUGCACUGCAAGCAAAGAGCAUGUGGAGAAGAUGAAGGCCAUCCCGGACGAGGCGGCCAUCAAAGCGGUCGCGGAGUCCGCCAUAUUGAGUAACAUGGGCCGUUACGAGGACGCCAGGGCCAAGGUGAAGCCCUACCUGGAUCAGGACAGGAUGCUAUUCAAAGGCACCACGAAGGAUGACUACACCCUCCCAUGCACACAUUACGAGAUGGCAGUAGUGGCUUGGAAGGAAGCCUGCGACCCGAAGUGUUGGCCAGCAGCAGCAGAAGAGGCUGAUGGGUUCCGGCGGAAGAAGGUCGCAGAAAGCCAGGAGUACCUCGACCACGUCAAGACGUGGGAAAGUUUCGUCCUCGACGCCAGGAUCGGAAUGAGGGUACAGACUGGCGCUGAUAGCAUCACUUGGCUGAGAAGGAAAAAGAACUGGACGUGAUAGGGUUAUCGACUCAUGAGAGGCCACGUCGAUUUGGGACGGUUUCAUAGACGACGCAUAUGAUUGGCAUCUAAGGACACGGAGCACGGGGGAUUUUAGGAUGGGAGGCAGGUUUGAAUUGGAAUGUGGCGCUGCGUAACUACAUGUGAGGAGGGUAUCUAGGAGGUCUUAGAAGAAACAUGGCAGCCAACAGGCUCUGAAGCAGCGAUACAAAGACAACUGAACAAUACAUAUGUAAACAAGCAAUGUGCACAACGGCUUAGACGACCCGGACCCCAGCGAGCACCGUCCGGUGCCUUCCUUCCUUUCCAUGCUCCGUCUUCUCAUGCCCUGCAGGUCGCCAGGCGUUUGCUUCACUCAAUCACCGCCACCGCCUCUCUUGCCCUUCUUUCCUCCUUUCCUUAUCCCAUCAAGUCCAUUCUGGACCAGUGAAACAGCGUCAUUCGCCUUCUUCUCGCCCCGUUCUCGAACCUGAUGCUUUUCGGCCUCAUCGCGCACAUCGUCCUCGAUGUCACGUCCGCCCAUGGCCGUCCCGCAGCCCCAGUCCAACACACCCCAGGCGCCGUAGUUCCCGCUCGACGGUCCCCGGUGGCCAGCACCGUAGUGCUUCGCGUUACGCUUUGCGAUGCCGCCCAUGAUGAUGCCCGGCACGACGGUAUAGCCCGACAUGGUGAGUGUCUCCUCGAGGGUCACGAGGCCCACAAACAGGAAGUAUACAAGCAGGUGGGGGCGCACAGCCAGCGCCGGCAAGUAGACGGGGGCGAAGCGGUGCAGCAGGAACGGCACGGGGUGGUCUGCGGCGACGGCCAGGCUGUAGGGCGCGGCGGGGCGCGAGUGGGCGAAGCGCGAGUGCUGCCUCGCGACCCAGCCGCGGGAGGACCUGAGCGGGGCCCUGCGGGUCCAGGCGUGGGUGUGCGAGUGCAGGACCGUCUUGUGGAGGUAGUAGGCGAGGGCCUCGCGGGAGACGUACAGCCAGCCCAGCUGCUUGAGGAUGGCCCACGGCAGCGGGAGGGUGGUGGUGGUCUUGAAGGGCACGUGGCCGAACAGGAAGGUCAGGGCGAGGCUGGCGCCGGCCUCGAGGGCUGUCUCGAGGAGGAUGUUGAGGAGCGCGAGGAGGAAUGUAGUGGCGAGGGCGCGGGCGUUGCGGGGGGGCAGGGCGGACGAGCCGCCGAACUUGAUGCUCUCGGCCAGGGACGGGAGGAGGGUGUCGAAGAGGAGGAAGACGAGGGAGGGCAGCAGGAAGAAGACAAGUCGGAUGGCCAGGGUGCCGAACAGCUCGACGUAGAGCGGGUUGUGGGAAAGCACGAGGGUGGACCAGGUCAUGUAGAAGAAGAGGAGGUUCAGCGAGGUCGACCACGAGGUCAAGCUACCCCCGAGGAAGACGGAUAGAAUUGGGAGGGAGAGGAGUAUGUCCAUCAUCUUUGCAGCUGGAGGAGGACCUUGCCGCUUGGCUGGCUGUCGCCACGAGCAGUCUCUGGCUGUUCGCGAUAAGCUUUGAAUGGUGUUGGCUUAUAUUUACACAGUACCGGUACUACUGAAUGGUGUCGCGAGAGCAAGGCUGAAUACACGAACCGCACCAGCUACAUGCAGAUGGACGAGGAGGCACCAGCCUAAGUAGUAUGCCCUCAAAACCAAGCUCCUGUUCGAUCUAGUUUGCGCCACGAUCUAGAGGAGGAUGACGUGUGGCUGCUGGGCUGGUAGCUUUACCAGGCUAAUUAGCUCACCCAUCCUCACUCAAGUCAAUGCGAC